CACACCAUUCCGGAGUUCAGAGUCAGUCGGAAAACCCCAUUAAACCCUAGUCCUACAAUGACGCUCCACUCCAUAGUAAUCCAGAAGCUUCUGAGCACCAACGCCCAUUUGGGCCGCCGCGUCGCGGCCCACCACUUCAAGCAGUUCACCUUCGGCCACCGCAACGGCAUGGCCGUCAUCGACUCCGACCGGACCCUCAUCUGCCUCCGCAACGCCGCCCAGUUCAUCGCCGCCAUGGCCGAGAACAAGGCCCGCUUCAUGUUCGUCAACACCAACUCCCUCUGGGACGAAAUCGUCGAACAAAUGACCAAGAAGAUCGGCUGCUACUCUCCCUCCAUGAACACUCUCUGGCGCACCGGCGGCUUCCUCACCAACAGCCACAGCCCGAAGAAGUUCAGGUCUCGCCGGAAGAAGAUCGUCUUCGGACCGACUCAGCCGCCGGACUGCCUCGUGGUUUUCGACUCCGAGAGGAAGUCGUCGGUGAUUCUCGAGGCGCAUAGGUUGCAGAUUCCGAUUGUUUCGCUUGUGGACUCGGACAUGCCUAUCGAGUACUACAACAAGAUCACGUAUCCGAUUCCGUGUAAUUCCUCGGUGCAAUUUGUGUACCUGUUCUGUAAUUUGAUCACCAAGACGUUCUUGCUUCAGCAGAAGAAGAGCGGCGCCGUUUCGGCUGAAAUUGAGACUAGUGAGCAAGUGGGGGCUAUAGAGGAGGCUAAGAGCGCAAAGAAGGAUGAGUUGCUUGUGGUUCCUUACGAAUUCUUACACAUUUCUACUGAUGUUGAGAAAAUUGAGGAGAUGCUGGACAAGCUUGUUGUGAUCAAGUUCAAUGGAGGUUUGGGUACAAGUAUGGGAUUCGGUGGCCCCAAGUCAACAAUGGAAAUUUUUGAUGGGUUGACAUCUCUUGACUUAAUUGUUAAUCAAAUUGAGUCUCUCAAUUCUAAGUAUCACUGCAGUGUUCCUUUGGUCCUUGUGAACACAGAUAGUACACAUGAAGAUACGCUGAAGGUCUUGGAGAAAUAUUCCAAUUCAGACAUUGAUAUUCAGUCUAUUAAACAGACCCAACAUCCACAGCUCAAGUCACAGGGAGGACAGAGUGGUGAGGAUGAACUGUAUCCCUCUGGCCACGGAGCAGUAUUGCUUUCGCUUGUGAAAAAUGGAACCCUUGAUGUCCUAUUAUCAAAGGGGAAGGAGUAUGUCCUUGUGGUUGACUCAGAUAAUGUGGCUGCUAAAAUUGACCCAAAAAUUUUAGACCAUCUGGUUGAAAACAAGAUAGACUACUGUAUGGAGGUCACGCCUACCUCCUCAUAUGAUUCAGAUUUGAUUGGUUCACGCCUACAGAAGUUUGAGCUUGCAGAAAUAGCUCAGAAUUCCGUCAAAGAUACGGGGAAAUUCAAACUUGUCGAUACUGGCAGCUUGUGGUUGAAUGUUAGAGCCAUUAAAAGGCUUUUGGAUACAGAUGAACUAAAGAUUGAAGAUUUCUCUGUUUCGAAGGAAACCGAGUCUGAUCAAGUUCUUCUGCAAGAAACAGCAGUUGGUUCAGCAAUACGGUUCUUCAAUAAUGCUGUUGGUGUCAACGUUCCUAAUUCUCAAUUUCUUUCAAUGAAAAAAACAUCAGAUCUACUUCUGCUAAAGUCAAAUCUCUAUAUGUAUGAUGAAGGGGUUGUAGUUCGGAAUAUAGCUAGAACCAACCCGGCAAAUCCUGUGAUCGAAUUAGGGCCGGAAUUUGAAAAGGUGAGUGGCCUUCUAAGUCGCUUUAAGUCCAUGCCCGACAUUAUUGACCUGGACAGCUUGAAGGUCACUGGUGAUGUUUGGUUUGGAGCUGGUAUUACUCUCAAGGGGAGAGUAACAAUUAAUGCAGAACCUGGGAUGAAAUUGGAAAUUCCCGAUGGAGUAGUAAUAGAGAAUGAGGAUAUUAAGGAUCCUUCAGAUUUUUGACCAUGAUAUUAAGUAGCUUGGAGAAAGUUACACAAAAUCACUGGAGAACUAACCAGUGUAGCGUCUUCCUCUAGAGCCAUUGUAGUAGCUAUUGGGCUUUGACACAGCUACAGCUGCCAUUAACAGUUUUCCAUUUACGGUGCAUUUUUUGCGUUGCGAGAGAGGGAGGGAGAGAUGGAGAGGAGCUGCUCGGAGACCCUAUUUUUAUACAGAGGAUCAGUGGCUCAAGACCAAAUAAGCAUGUUGUGUUUUGUUCUUUGACGAUCAAUCUAAGUACCAAUUGAUUCUUUGGUUGUAAUUUAAUUUUGAUCAUGAUGUGCCACAAAGAGCAUGGCCUCAGUUAUGAAAACACUAUGGGGAAUUCACUUGCUUUGCUGGAUCGAUAUAUGAAUUUUUCCUUUAGCCACCACACCAAAAUUGUAAUCUAUAUUUUUGGCAGUUGAAUAAAGAGCAGCCUUCACUUCAA